AUGGAGAGUCCCCAUGGAAUUUUGUUGGUCGCAUUUAUUGCAACUUUCGCGGUUAUUCAUCUUUCUCAAGCUGAAGAUCAAGAAGGGUUCAUCAGUGUGGAUUGUGGUUUACCCCCGAGUGAAGCGUCACCAUAUAUCGAGCCAGAUACUGGACUAUGGUUCUCAUCAGAUUCGGACUUCAUCCAAACUGGAAAGAUUGGGAAGAUUGAUCCAAGUCUACGAAAGACCAUAAAAACAUACGUGACUCUGAGAUACUUUCCAGAUGGAAUACGCAACUGUUACAAUCUUAGUGUCAAGCAAGGGACAAAUUAUCUGAUCAGAGUUACAGCUCUAUAUGGAAAUUAUGACGGUCUUAAUAUUACUCCUAAGUUUGACUUGUACGUUGGCCCUAACUUUUGGGUAACGAUAGACCUAGAAAACAUGAUAAGCGGUCAAACCGAGGAAAUCAUUUACAUCCCAAGAUCAAAUUCCUUGGAUUUGUGUCUUGUUAAGACAGGCGCGACCACACCAAUGAUCUCAUCCUUGGAACUCAGGCCGUUACCAAAUAAUAUUUACAUCACUGAAUCUGGCUCACUGAAGCGUUUCAAGCGAUACUAUCUUACCAGUUCAAAUGCCAUUCUUUCGUACCCAGAUGACGUCAACGACAGAGUAUGGGAACCAAAAUUUGAUCCAGAAUGGAAGCAUAUUUCCACCACCCUCGAAGCAAAUAACUCCAAUGGUUUUCUUGUACCACAUGAUGUACUCAAGACCGCGGCUAUACCUGCCAAUGCUACUGCACGGUUCAAAAUUACGAAGGAGCUUGAUUUCCCUGACGACGAAAUUUACUUGUACCUCCAUUUCUCUGAAGUCCAGUCAUUACAGAUCAAUGAAUCUCGAGAGUUUGAUAUAUUUUGGAAUGGCCAGCCGUUUGAUAACACGGUAAGCCCUAAAUAUCUGAAGACCACAACAAUUAAGUCCACAACACCAGUUACUUGCAAAGGAGGAGUAUGCAACUUAGAGUUGAUAAGAACUACAAACUCUACUCUCCCACCUCUUCUCAAUGCCAUCGAAAUUUACUCCAGCGUCAAAUUCCACCAACUGGAAACAAAUGAAAAUGAUGUUUUUGCUAUCCGAAAGAUCAAAGCCAGAUAUGGAUUGAAUAGAAUCACAUGGCAAGGAGAUCCAUGUGUCCCUCAAAAAUUUUUAUGGGACAGUCUAAAUUGCAACAGUACAGAUACAUCUAGACAACCAAGAAUCACUUAUUUGAAUUUGACUUCCAGCGGGUUGAAAGGAACCAUAGCAGCUGCAAUUCAAAAUCUUACCGAUCUUGAAAAGUUGGACUUGUCAAAUAACAACCUCACUGGAGAAAUUCCCGGAUUUCUGGCUAAUAUGAAUUCUUUAAUGCUCAUAAACUUGAGCAAGAAUAAUCUGAUUGGUUUCAUCCCACAAGCCCUUCUUGAUAGAGAAAGUGAAGGGCUAACGUUAUUUGUUGAUGGAAAGCAUCGUUGUUUAUCUGGUUCAUGUGUCACAGAGAAGAAAUUUCCAGUAAAAACUGCUGCAUUUGUUUCUUCGGCUACGGUCAUGGUCAUUAUAGUGGUUCUUGUUCUCAUUUUUGUAGUUAAGAAGAAAACAUCAUCAAAUUCAGAAGUCCUACCACCAUCAUCAAUUAAGCCGAGUGUGAAUGUUACAUCCAAUAAUAUAUCUGAGAUAUCGAUCAAGAUGAAAAGGAAAAAAUUUACUCACUCAGAGGUGAUGGAGAUGACAAAAGACUUGGAAAGACCACUUGGUGAAGGAGGUUUUGGCAUUGUUUAUCAUGGUGUUAUUAACGGCUCACAACAGGUAGCCAUCAAAAUACUUUCCCAAUCAUCAACACAAGGCUAUAAAGAGUUCAAGGCAGAGGUAAGAAAUUGUAGUUAUUCUAAUAUGUUUAAACAAAUGUGUUUCAUGUAUUCUUUCAUUCUUGUACAGGUCGAACUAUUGUUGAGAGUUCACCACAUAAACUUGGUAAGCCUCGUCGGAUACUGCGACGAACGAGAGCAUUUGGCUCUUAUAUAUGAAUACAUGUCCAAUGGAGACUUAAAAGAUCAUUUAUCAGGGAAACACGGUAGCUCUGUUCUGAAGUGGAAUACCCGACUACAAAUAGCCAUCGAUGCCGCACUAGGACUAGAAUACUUACAUAUUGGAUGUCGGCCAUCGAUGGUGCAUAGAGAUGUCAAAAGUACAAAUAUAUUGUUGGAUGAGGGGUUCACUGCCAAACUUGCGGAUUUUGGGCUUUCAAGGUCUUUCCAAUUCGGAGAUGAAGAUCAUGCUUCAACAGCCGUUGCUGGUACUCCUGGAUAUCUAGAUCCCGAAUAUUACAGAACGGGUCGAUUGGCGGAAAUGAGUGAUGUUUAUAGUUUUGGAAUUGUAUUAUUGGAGAUAAUCACCAACCAACGCGUGCUCGACCAAACACGCGAAAAGAUACACAUAGCUGAAUGGACAGCAUUUAUGCUCAAUAGAGGAGAUAUUAAUGGAAUCAUGGAUCCUAACCUUCAUGGUGAUUACAACUCUCAUUCUGCCUGGAGAGCUCUUGAAUUGGCUAUGUUGUGUGCAAAUUCUUCUUCAGAAAAACGACCAAACAUGUUUCAAGUUGUUAUUGAGCUAAAAGAGUGUCUUGCUUCUGAAAUCUCGAUGAAAAGUAACGAUCAAGACAUGGACUCUCAAAGUUCUCCUGAAGUGAGUAUGAGCUGUGACACCAAGGAUGUGCCUAGCGCAAGAUAG